AGCUUCACAGGAAGAAAACACUGAAAUCUGCAUUUCAUUUGCAUGCAGGGUUGUGCAGAACAGGACACAGUGAGUACAGCUUCAAGGUACAGUGUGGCUGAAUAAUGGAUGGAGUCAGUCAGCCACCCACAGGCUGCAGGGUGAUAUCAUGGCUGCGUCACUGUGCUGCUGAGGGAGGAGGGUGGGGUGGUUAGACGAUGCAGCAGGCAGAGACACAGAGUGAGAAACCUUCUCAAAGAGAGGACACAAGGAUAACAGCCAUGGCAGCCUCCUGGAAGCAGCUACUUUUUCAGAUCCUCCAGAUUCUCAUCUCCUGCAGACACAUCAACACAAAAACACCAGGCCCAACACCUCUGCCACUGGUUCCCAUCACUCCUUUGUUGACAGAUAUAAGAAGUGCUGUCUUAAAAGGUGAAAGUCUCUCUGAGAAAAUUGAACUGCUGGAUCCUGUUAAUCUGACACUGGAGUGUACCUGGACUGGAAACCAGAACAAACCACCAAACAUAACUGGUUACUGGAGCAAAGACGGAUGGGAGAUUCCGGAUAGUCGUGUCAUAGUGGUGCUUGAAAAUGAGCAGUAUAACCUCAAGCGAGUGUUCAGUAUUAUCAGUGAGGAAAACCUUGGAACUUACUCUUGUAUGUUUGGAAAUGAAGCUAAAAUAGAUUUUAUCAUAACAGCUCCACAGAUCAGUGAGGUGCGAGACAAGCCAAUAGUCAGCUAUGUGGGGGAUUCUGUGGUGAUGACAUGUAAAAUGGAGGAAAGCAAACCAAAGCCCCCCACCUGGAACUGGUAUAAACACAAUGGGACUGAUAAGGAGCAGAUCUUAGCUGCUGCAGCGCCUCAACGCUAUGAGAUCAUCAACAAUGACUGGAAGACCAAGCUGGAGGUGAAAAACCUGUCAGAAGCCGACUCGGGCACGUAUUACUGUGGUGCUGUGUACAACAUCAGCAUCUCGAUGAGCCACGUGGAGCUGAGGGUAAUCUCCUUCCUGGAACCUCUGAAACCCUUCUUAAGCAUCCUGGUUGAAGUUGUCAUCCUGGUCACUGCCAUUCUGCUUUAUGAGAGAAGUCGCUCCAAGAAAAACAACACAGAAGAAAAUGGAACAAACACCAACCAAAUAAAUACACAGCCACAGGGAGAAGAUAAUGGACCAGAAGAAAGUUCUUCAAUGAGACAACGCAAAGUAUAAAGGCUGCAAACAGAUUCAAGCCUCCAUAAAUAGUCUUCUUGUUUCAAAACCUGUACGACAGCUUUAAAGCAAUAUUUGAAGAGUUAUUUUGGGAAUAUAUCAUUUCUAAUUAUCAGAAUAUUUACACCAAACAAAGUGCAAUAAUCACUUUAACAUAUUCCUUUACCUGGUGCACAUAUUUCUUGUUUUACUGGAAGAAAUCUUUAUUUUUAAGACUGUUGUCACAGUGCCUGAAAGAGCAAAACAUUUUCUUCCUACACUUCCUGUGAGGAAACUGAAAAUGUGGUUUACCUCACACAUCAUGUAGACUGUUGUUUCAAAACGGAAGUGUGUUGUCUUGAGUCACACUCACUGCUGCUGAGCUGGAAAUGUGGUUUGUGAGCACUGCCUUAUACUCUGAAAAACAAUUAACUAAUCACUGUGGCAAUGAUUGUUUGGUCACUGUUUUUCCUUGCAGUAGAUUGUAUCUAGCAUGUUGUGUUUACAUGAACAUAAGCAGUAUAUUAAUAUAUAUCCUCCUAUGAUGCCCUAUAUUUGUCUUUGAACUUCACGUUUGUGUAUUGAAAAAUAGUAAUACUUCACUGUAUGUGCAGAUUAAAACUACAUGAAUGACCUGAAGCUGUCCAAUAUGAGUGAAAUUGCCAGAAUUCAAUAGUAAACCUGCAGAUUCUGUUCUAUUCCAGUCAUAUCGCAGACGCCUUCCUCCGAAGCGGCUUAAAUCUGAGAGUACGAA